UAUUUAUAGACUGACACCGCUCCGCUCCGGCUGUACCACCACCGCAACGACCGCGGCCACUUCGCCCAGCAUGGUCUCCCACCUCCUAUCCUCUCCUCCGGCGUCGCUGCCGUUGCCCGGCGCGGUCAGUUGCCUCCUCCUUCACGGCGGGGCUCGCCCUCUCGGCCACUCUCCGCUUUGCUCGAGCAAAAUCACACUAAAGAAUAUUGAUCGUACUGGAAGUGCUUGCACAAUGAGGUUUCCUAAUGCUUUCUACCAUGGACAAUCAGUGGAUCUAGUUCCAAUCAACCACAGGGGAAAGUCUUCAGGAGCAGUUGGGAGAAGCGGUAGUAAUGAUAUACAAGAGGAUAACGAUGGAGAUGUUGUGUACAUUGCUGAUGAUUCUGUUGCUCGAACAAUGGAACAAAGCAAGAAGGUGUUGGAAAUGCAGAGGAACCAACUCCAACAGAUUAUUGAAAGGGGAAAUUUCUCUGAAGAGACGGAAUCUUAUGUCAAGAAAGAUGAGAACCUUGGAAUCUAUGCAGAUGCAUAUAUGCAAACCUCAAACAAUCAACAAGAAGUACCACCAGAAGAAGGAAAUCUGAACUCUCCUCCUUUGGCUGGUCCAAAUGUCAUGAAUGUCAUAUUGGUAGCUGCAGAAUGUGCACCAUGGUCUAAAACAGGUGGGCUUGGAGAUGUUGUUGGAGCUUUACCUAAAGCAUUGGCCAAGAGAGGACAUCGUGUCAUGGUUGUGUCUCCAAGAUAUGGUAACUAUCCUGAACCUAAGGAAAUAGGGAAUCUUAAAAGGUACAAGGUUGAUGGACAGGACAUGGAGGUUAAAUACUACCAUACUUACAUGGAUUCUGUUGAUUUUGUCUUCAUUGAUAGUCCUAAUUUCCGCCAUAUUGAAAAUGAUAUAUAUCGUGGAAACCGAGUGGACAUUUUGAAGAGAAUGAUAUUAUUCUGCAAAGCAGCAGUUGAGGUUCCUUGGCAUGUCCCAUGUGGUGGAUCCUGUUAUGGAGAUGGGAAUUUGGUUUUCAUUGCCAACGAUUGGCACACCUCCUUACUUCCAGUUUAUUUGAAGGCAUGUUUCCGUGAUCAUGGAUUAAUGAUAUACGCUCGCUGUCUCUUGGUUAUUCACAACAUUGCACAUCAGGGUCGUGGUCCACUAGAUGACUUCUCAUUUGUGGAUUUACCAGAUCAUUACAUUGACUUGUUUAGACUGUACGAUCCUGUUGGAGGUGAGCAUUUUAACAUAUUUGCAGCUGGUAUAAAAGCUGCUGACCGUGUGGUUACAGUUAGCCAUGGCUAUGCUUGGGAGUUAAAAACAUCUGAAGGUGGUUGGGGAUUGCAUGAGAUCAUCAACGAGAGCAAUUGGAAAUUCCAUGGUAUUGUAAAUGGAAUUGAUACCCAUAGUUGGAAUCCAAAAUUUGACGCUCACCUAAAUUCUGAUGGCUUCACCAACUUCUCCCUGGAAACUCUUGAAAUGGGAAAGGCCCAGUGCAAGGCUGCUUUGCAACGAGAGUUUGGUCUGCCUGUCCGUGACGAUGUUCCUAUUCUUGCGUUCAUUGGGAGAUUAGACCAUCAAAAAGGUGUAGAUCUCAUAGCAGAGGCCAUGCACUGGCUUGUUGGUCAAGAUCUACAAUUAAUCAUGCUGGGCACUGGGAGGUCAGACCUCGAGGAUAUGCUUCGAAAAUUUCAAGCUGAGCAUGGCGGCAAGGUUAGGGGAUGGGUUGGGUUCUCAGUGAAAAUGGCUCAUCGGAUCACAGCAGGCGCUGAUGUCCUACUGAUGCCCUCCAGAUUUGAACCUUGUGGAUUGAACCAACUUUAUGCGAUGAUGUACGGAACAAUUCCAGUUGUGCAUGCAGUAGGUGGCCUUCGAGAUACCGUACCACAGUUUGAUCCGUUACAUGAGACAGGGUUGGGAUGGACCUUCGAAAGGGCAGCACCCGAUAGGAUGAUAGCGGCACUUGGUCACUGUCUAAACACAUAUCGGUAUCACAAGGAGAGCUGGGUGGGAUUGCAGAAGCGAGGGAUGAUGCAGGACCUCAGCUGGGAAAGUGCUGCCGAGCACUAUGAGAAAGUCCUUGUUGCUGCCAAGUACCAAUGGUGAUUUCAUCGUUCUCACACCUUCCAGUUGAUGCAUCACUUCUUGGCUCUGGGUCUUUUACCAAUUUGAUCAAUCUAGGCGAAGUUGUGUACCAUAAAAUAAUCAAUCCUCAUCUUGAUUUGUUUCCCCUAACUCAGGUCAUUUUGAGGCAGUGUAGAAGAAGAUAUCUGGAUCUUGGUUGUGUGUUUUUAAUCCCCAUGCCAUGGGAAUUUACGAGUUC